GUUGUAAAACUACUGGCCGGAGAGAAAGACACAUAAUAUUUUUUAUCGUGCUAGAAAUUUUACUGAAAUUUUCUAAGGAUUAAUUUUUAUACAUUCAUAUACAAAAAGUGAAGUGAGAGAAAAACAUAUUAUAUUUUUUGUCGUACUGGAAAAUUUACUGAAAAUUUCCAAGGAUUAAUUUUCAUACAUUUAUAUACAAAAAGUGAAGUGAUCCCUCAUCGAUCUGCAAAAUGGGUAUUUUUGAUGAUUUUCACAACUAUAUGACUCGUGUAUUAUGCUUCUCUUCUGAUCCCGAUGGUAAUUUCGAGGGUUUGACUGGCAUAGGCAACAAGAUCGCUUUAAGGGUUUAUGAAGUUAUGGACAGAGUGCUGAAUCGAGAGGAAAUGCAGUAUCACACCAACUUGGUGAUUGGAUUAGCAGUUCUUUCCGUGGCAGUUUGCGGACUUACGAUUUAUAUUUUAAUGAGAUGGCAGAGAGCUCCUCUUCUGAGUAACAUAUGUCAAGGCGGUCCACGAGCAAAUUUGCCUACAUUGAGAGUGACUGGUUUUACUCGUUUUGGGUUAAAUGAUCGUAACUAGGACGAGGACUAGGAGAUCUCCAUCAACGCCACCACCAAAGCCACCACCAAAGCCACAAAUGAACCAUCAAUUCCAUCAUCUGGCGUUGAUGGAACCAUCAACUCCAUCCAAGAUGCCCAAGAUGAUUACUCGAAUAACCAGGUGGAACACACACACACACGAAGUCCCUGAAACUUCUCAACCAUAUAUCCCCGAGUUUUAAUUACUUUAAUGUUUGUUAUUUUUACAAACCUUGUUUGUUUUAUUGCACUUUCCGUCAACCGCCCUUCCUUAAUUGCAAAAUUCUGAAUGUUAACAUUUCACAAAUUACUGGUUACAAAUUGUAUAAUUCAAUCAUUCGACCAACAACUAUGAUAUUUUCAUCUAUUGUAUUUUUUAAAUUGGGAAGCAAGGAAAUGGAGCCUAAAACCGAGUGCGAUCCCAAAACCCACAACCGAGAGGACACGUUCCUGCCAUCAUCAUGUUCAAUGGCCGCUCAAUAGACUCUCCUCGUAUCUGCUGUUGUAAUUUGCUGGCCCUGCCAGCUGUCGCUGCGGUUGCCCGCCUAAUGGCUGUCGAGAAGGGGCAGAAGGGGGCGGAAGGGGGGCCGAAGGACCCCCAUUUCACCAACCCCCCUCUUCGCAGCCAUGGCCACAGUCAUAUGGUGCAGACGCCCCGACAUAGAGAGAUACAUCCCCAUGGCCUGGGCGACUUUGGAUUUCAUUAAACGCAAAUUUAUGCCUUUACUUGAAUGUCAAAUAUUGCAAAUGUCAAACGAUGAGGCGGCCAGUGAGGGAGUGUGGGGAUAUGGAAUAAAACACUGGGAGAAAAUUGAUCUCCAAACAUAUAUAAAAAUUAUUAUACAUGUAAUAAUAAGAAAAUGGGUAUAGUUAAGCCCAACAAACUA